AGUAUGUAGUGUUAGAUUGCUCAACUCUCUUCGCCGCUCUCGUACUUCAUCUGCUAGGCAGACCCCAAAAAAAAAAAAAAAGAACCUUAGGCAGCAGAAGCUGCAUCCAGAUCAGCUGCCAUGGUGAAGUAUUCGAAGGAGCCCGAUAAUCCCACCAAGUCCUGCAAGGCAAGGGGCUCUGAUCUCAGGGUUCAUUUUAAGAACACAAGGGAGACAGCUUUUGCCAUCAGAAAGUUACCAUUGGUUAAGGCUAAGAGGUAUUUGGAGGAUGUUAUGGCCCACAAGCAGGCCAUACCCUUCCGACGCUUUUGUGGUGGUGUUGGACGUACAGCUCAGGCAAAGAAUAGGCAUUCUAAUGGACAAGGUCGCUGGCCUGUAAAAUCUGCCAAGUUCAUUCUAGAUUUACUGAAGAAUGCUGAGAGUAAUGCUGAGGUUAAGGGUUUGGAUGUCGAUGCGCUCUAUAUUUCUCACAUCCAGGUAAACCAGGCUCAGAAACAGAGGCGUCGCACUUACCGCGCCCAUGGAAGAAUCAACCCUUACAUGUCUUCUCCAUGCCACAUUGAGUUAAUUUUGUCCGAGAAGGAAGAGCCUGUCAAGAAAGAGCCUGAAACUCAAUUGGCAGCUAGCAAGUCCAAGAAGUACGAAGCUCAGCGCAGCGGUGCUUCCUCUUGAGUGAAAGUUUGAAAUUCUAGUCGGUGAAGGAGUUUUUUUUUUUUUUUUUCUGGCCUUUGAUUUCUUACUUUCGAGGAAGUUUUGAUAUUUUUCAAAAUAGAAUGAGUUGCUGUGAUGUAUUGGAUGGCUUCUUUUGUAUUCAAACCGUGUUUAGUCAAAUGAUAUCUGAGCUUUAUCUUGGAGGUUUUUGUUUAAUCUAGUCUUAGUUCAAAAGUGUUAUCCGAAGGGUUCAUUUGGUGGGAGAGAAUUCCACCGCAUUGUCAAAUGAAUUCGAAGUUGCUUUUAUGAA